AUGCACUCGUUCUAUGCAAGACUGCUCCUUGUUUUGGGCACCCUUCUUGCGGUCCUCGAUACUGUCCAGGCAGACAAUCCGAUUAUACAGUCCAUCUAUACCGCCGAUCCUGCUCCAAUCGUCGUUGACGACCGGGUCUACCUCCUCGCUGACCACGAUGAGAACGGCUCAACCACUUAUAACAUGAGAGACUGGCGUCUCUUCUCCUCCGCUGAUAUGGCUAAUUGGCAAGAUCACGGUGUGAUUGCUUCCAUAGCUACCACGUUCCCGUGGGCCGAUCUGAACGCCUGGGCAGGACAGAUCAUUGCUCGCAACAAUAAAUUCUACAUGUAUCUUCCCAUGCGUCGCCGUGGAGGUAACACGGCCAUCGGCGUUGCAGUCGCCGAUUCCAUCACUGGGCCCUGGAAAGACGCACUGGGCAAACCACUUCUGGAGAACGGCCGCAUUGAUCCUACAGUCUGGAUCGACGAUAAUGGACAAGCCUAUCUUUACUUUGCCAACCCAGGUCUGUUUUAUGUUAAGCUCAACACUGAUAUGAUAUCGUAUUCCGGCAGCAUCGUCGAGGUCUCCAUGAAUGUCGCCAGCUUCGGAAGCGGUCGCGAGGCAGAUGGUACUACUUUUGCCGAAGGACCCUGGGUCUACAAGCGCAACAAUCUGUACUAUGUAGUAUAUGCCGCCAACUGCUGCUCCGAAGACAUCAGAUACUCCACUGGUCCAUCCAUCAUGGGUCCAUGGACGUACCGUGGUGUCGUCAUGGCAUCGGCAGGAAAGUCGUUCACCAAUCAUCCAGCUGUCAUCGACUUCAAAGGCAAAUCUUACUUCUUCUAUCACAAUGGCGCCUUGCCUGGUGGUAGUGGCUACACGCGUUCUAUAGCCGUGGAAUCCUUCACCUACAAUGCAGAUGGCACGAUACCGCUCCUCACCAUGACCAAUGCCGGCGCCCCGCAGAUUGGAACCUUGAACCCGUACACUCGCAAUGAAGCAGAGACUAUGGCCUUCUCCUCCGGUGUCCAGACUCAAGCUACUUUGGAUGGCGGGCUCGCUAUCAUCAACAUCGAGAUUGGUGACUAUGUCAAAGUCGCUGGUGUUGCUUUUGGCAACGGCGCAAAGUCCUUUUAUGCUCGCGUAGCUUCGGCCACCAGUGGUGGGAAGAUCGAGGUUCGCUUGGGUGGUGUCACUGGUACCUUGGUGGGUACCUGUGUUGUGCCUGGUACCAAUGGGUGGCAGUCCUGGCAGGUGGUUACUUGUGCUGUUAGUGGAGCGACUGGAAUCAAGGAUCUCUACUUGAAAUUCACUGGUGGUAGUGGAUACCUGUUCAAUGUUGACUAUUGGCAAUUCGCAUAG